UUGAUAGGAAAUAAAAUAAAGUAUAAGUUUUAUACUCCUUUUUGUUCACAAAAAAUAGGAAAUAAAAUAAAAUAUAAAAGGUGAAAAGUUAUUUACAGAAAAGGGAAAAUAUUGGAAAUAGCGGGAAUAUGGCGGACACUUACAGUUUGAUAGGAGGCUUUUACUCUAAACCCUCUCCCCCUCUGCCUCCUUUUUUUCUCAAAACCCCAAAAUUACCCCUCCAUUUUCCAUCUAAAUCCAUGGCUGCCCACUUUCAUUGCUCCUCUAACCCUCGACCUUCCCAGCCCUCCUUACUCGUUUUCUCAGGUGGGACGGCAUUUAAUGGCGUUGUAGAAGAGCUUAAGAAGUUAACAGUUCGCGUUGCCCAUGUUCUUCCUGUUUCUGAUGAUGGAGGAAGUACUGCCGAGAUUGUUCGAGUUCUCGGUGGUCCUGCUGUUGGGGACAUAAGGUCAAGAUGUUUGAGAUUGGCUGAUGAAAGCACUUCCGAGGCUCUGGCUGUCCGAAGAUUGCUUGGUCAUCGUUUGCCUAUAAAUCCACAGCAAGCCAAGUCGGAAUGGUAUAAAAUUUUGGAAGGAGAACAUUCACUAUGGGAAGGUGUAUCAAAACCAUACAGGGAAACUAUUCGAGCAUUUCUGGCUUACUUUCAGAAUGAGAUUCUGAGAAGGCCUAAUGAAUCGUUCUGUUUCAGUAAUGGAAGCAUUGGGAAUUUUUUCUUUGCAGGAGCACGUAUAUUUUUUCAGUCCUUAGAUGCUGCAAUUUUUUUGUUUUCACGUGUUUCAGAUAUUCCCGCAGAAAGUUUGGUCCUCCCAGUCAUUUCGACCAAUGACAGGCUCACUUUAGGAUGUGAAUUAUGGGAUGGGACAAUCAUACGAGGCCAGAAUGAAAUUUCCCAUCCAACCAACAUCAUUGGACCAGUAGAUAAGGGAAGAUCAUCAGUUCCAGCUCUUCCUUCAAGAAUAAAAAGGGUAUUCUACAUGUCAAGUGAGGGAACAAAUUCACUGCAUGAGGUCUUUCCAACUGUAAACCAAGCUGUUCUGGAUCAGUUGUCAAAUGUGGACUGUAUAGUUUAUGCUAUGGGGUCUCUCUUCACUUCCCUAUGCCCAUCAUUGGUACUUCUGUUGAAUGGUUCUCAUGAUCGAGAGACAAGUGGCUUCUCUGCAUCAUCCUUUGUUACUGCUAUUACAGAUGCUCUGAAUCGUACUUAUGGAAAUUCUCAUAAUUGUUUAAGAAACCUUUUCAUGUCUUUGUGCAGCCAAGUCAGUAUAUCAAUACCCUUCUGGUGCCCAAAGAUGGUGAAAUUCCCAUAGACAUCCAAAGUUUAUCUUCACAAGGAAUCUUUGACGUGGUCAUUGUUAACUCCAUGCAUGACCCAAAAGUGGGCACAAUUUUUGAUCCAGUCUCAUUGAUAAAUGCUCUUGGCAAUGUGGUGAGUAGAUAUAUGAGGACAAAGGAUUAAUUAAAACUCGAACGUAUAAUUGGUUUCACGAAGAGCAGCAUACUUUUGUGAGUCUAGAAAUCAUUCUAUCGGAUUCAUCUGAAGUAUGUAGAAUGUGAAAAUUAUACUUCCAACAACCUAUGUCAAAUAACUUUCACAUGCCUUCCACCCCCCCCCCCCUCAAAUCUAAAUGUGCAAUUUCUCUUCUUACUGAGAUUAAUAUUUCUAAGAUGGGUUAUCAACAGUUGGAAUCUUCCAUUGCUGUAUUUAUUGAAAUGUAAUUACUAAGUCAAGAUAUUUGCAUA